UAAGGGUAUGUUUUCAAGGCUGAGCCGGUGUUUCUAUCAUUGCCUCUCUAUGCUUUCUGUUUUCUGACCACCUGCGCCUUCCUGCAAACAUACUUAUUCCUGCAUACUGAGACCACCCUUUUCCCUCACCACCCCCUGUAUUCUCCACUGUUGAGACCAGGUUUUCAGCACUUGCCAGAGUGGCUCGCGAUGGACAGCGCUGUGAAGACGCACUGAUCUCUCUCAUAAAUCAACGGCACGACUACUUGAAUUAAAUCUCUGCUGACAAGAGGUCUGAACACAGAGUAGAGAGGGAGAGAGAGAGAGAAAGAGAGAGACUUCUGUGGACUAUCCCUCAGCCGACAACACACAGAAACAGAGUUCUGAGCUUUUGUCAUAUCAGUUGCUUUACAUCUAGAAUAGCCCAGAUGGAAGAAGAUAUGGACGAGGGGCAGACUCAGAAAGGAUGCCUGGAGUGCUGCAUCAAAUGCCUGGGUGGCAUCCCGUACCCGUCACUUAUCGCUACCAUCCUGUUGUACGCUGGGGUGGCGCUGUUCUGCGGCUGCGGGCACGAGGCCCUCUCCGGGACCGUCACCAUCCUGCAGAACUACUUUGAGGUGGUCAGAGGACCCGUGGAUUCCCUUGACGUGUUCACCAUGAUUGACAUCAUUAAGUAUGUGAUCUAUGGCAUCGCCUCAGCGUUCUUUGUCUACGGCAUUCUGUUGAUGGUGGAGGGCUUCUUUACCAGCGGAGCCAUCAAGGACCUUUACGGAGACUUCAAGAUCACCACCUGUGGACGUUGCGUCAGUGCUUGGUUCAUCAUGCUGACGUACAUCUUCAUGCUGGCUUGGCUCGGGGUGACUGCGUUCACCUCCCUCCCCGUCUUCAUCUACUUCAACAUCUGGACCAUUUGCCAAAACGCCACCAUCCUGGAGGGAGUGACUCUGUGCCUGGACCCGCGCCAGUAUGGUAUUGUGCCAAUUGGGGAGGGGAAGACUGUAUGUACUGGAUCUGACAAGUUUUACAAAAUGUGUGAAUCAAAUGAGCUGGACAUGACAUUCCACCUGUUCGUUUGUUCCCUGGCUGGUGCUGGAGCUGCUGUCAUUGCUAUGAUCCACUACCUGAUGGUGCUGUCAGCCAACUGGGCCUACGUGAAGGACGCGUGCAGGAUGCAGAAGUACGAGGACACCAAGUCCAAGGAGGAGCAGGAGCUCCACGACAUCCACUCCACCCGCUCCAAGGAGCGUCUCAACGCCUACACAUAAGGCCAGCGUGACGCCUGGCCCUGCCACCCUGCCCCUCCAUCUCCACCAUCCCCUUUAAAGAGGGGGGUGGGUGGCGCCCGGGGUCCUCGCCACCGCUGAUGUCACUGGUGCGUCAUAUGACAAAGUGGUCCUGGGUACCCUCACAACCCCUCCAAACGGCAUUUCAGAUGAUGAGCCCUAUUACCUCUCUUAUGGACUGUAUUAUGAUUAUGAUGAUUAUUAUUAGUAUUACCUGUAGUAUUAUGGCUUUCAUAGUAGUUGGUAGUUCAGUACGUAGUCGAAUUGGAAGUAUCUAGCAGAAGUAUUUUUCAUUUACUUUUUUACUUUGGAGAAUUUCUUUGGAUUUUUAUGAGUUUGUAGUUUUAUCAAGGGUCACAUUUCCCUCCUUUUAUAAUUGAUUUAUAUUUAUUUUUUAGGUGGUCAGUGAGGGCUUAAAGGGUUUCAAGCACAUUUCUCAUGUUUGUGUGUCUGUAUAGAUCUCAUUUUAAAGCACUAUGUACAUGGAUGGGUGAUCGGUGUUGAAGACUACAAUAUUUUCAAUCACACAGGGGAACUUUUAAAGCUUCUGAAGCCUUUAAAUACCAGUACUGCCAGGGAUCUAAAUAAUAUCUUUGAAGUGAAAAGCUUUUUUUUUUUACUACCUGCGGUUACACGAUAGCAUUACCAAAUUAUAAUUAUACAAAAACAUGAUUUACUAGAUGUGCCAACCCACUGGGCACAGAUGUCAAUUAAAUGUCUAUUCCACGUUGGUUCAAUGUAACUUCACUGAAAUGACGUGGAAAAAACAUUGAUUUAACCAGUGUGUGUCCAGCCUGUUAAACAGGAAAUACUUAGGUCAUUAUCAAAGAAGAAAUGAGUUGCCAAUAUGAUAAACAAUGGAUUAUUUUAUUACAAUAUGAGGCAUCUUGCCAAUUUAAAGCUAUGUAUCUAAGGACUGUGAAUGAUUCGUUCGUCUUCAAUCAUAUGCCACACAAGCACACGCACACAUGUUCUCAUAACCCCAUUUUUAUUUCAUAAAGUGUAACUUAAUAAAUACAAGUAUGAAAGUUUUUGCAGAUUUCUGCCCUGCAUAUAUUGAGAUAUAAAUGCAUUCUUUGGUCCUAUAUGUUAAGCACUUCAAAUUCAGGACAAUUGAUAAGAGAAUAAAAAUACGUUUCUGUGGUUUAAUUCACUAUGAAUCCCUGUCUUUCAAAAAUAGUGACGCAAAAAAAAGCAUUUCAUGUCAAAUUGAACUUUUUUGGUGGAUUUAUCAGUCUUAAGAAAAGUGUGUCACAGUAAGUUAUUUUAUUUAUGACAGUAAAAGUUGGAUUGUAUUGCUUACACAUCAUAAUGCCAUAGGACUCCGAAGGUGGCCUACCAUUUCAUUGCCUGGCAAUAUUUGUUUUGUCAGUAUUUCUAAGAGCUAGUUUUGUGCACUUAUUUGGACAUUUCUGUGCUCUCUCUAGGUGUAAGCUCAUUGGUGUUCAACUCAGAGUUGGAUAACUGUACUGUUAGGUAAAAACUGUGAAUUUAGAUGUUUUUUUGUGGCAUGGACAAUUUUGUUUAACACUUUGCCUGUCUUGCUGGGUCAACCUUUUGUUUACAUGUGCAGUACUAAACCCCCCAAUGGUAACAGCAUUAUAGUACUGAUAUUAGACGGUAGUGUUUGAGUUGUGUCUAUUUAGUUUGUGAUGAGCUUUCAACCAUGUCUUGAACUGACUAUUGUACCAACGUUGCUUAUUCAGUAAAUGACCUGACAAUGUUUUCAGCUUUGUCCUCGUAUUAGUCUUUUGUACUUUCACAAAGAAUGCUUACUUUUGUGAUAAUGCCCUCGAAGCCGGUUUUACUGGUGGUGUUAUCAGAGGAUAUAGCUGUGUUUUCUGUUUGUCUGUUGCCAGUUCGUCUUGUUUGUCAAGCUUACCAGCGUUUGUCCUGUCAGCUCCUGUCUUUUAGCCGGUGUUAUCGGAGGAUGUAUUGGCACGGGUGUUGUUAGGCCCGAGACGAAGUCAGCAAACCGUCCCAGAAUAUCCUCCAAACACCGGCUUCAUGGGCAUUAUCACUUUUAUACAACGGGUUACCAAACAUAUUCAACUUAUGUUUGACAUAUUUUAAUAAAAAAAUAUAUUUGUAUUCAUUUAUUCAUACUAUUUCAUCCUUCCACAAUAUAUAGUCCCGACACAAAUCUAGGGUUACUAGAGACGCGACCCAGUCGCUCAGUUUUUUUUGUUCUGUAUCUGUGGACGCGACCCAGUCGUUCGUUCUAAAUGUUACAUAGUAACAUUGUCUUAAUUGAAUCUGUUUUGUACAUACGUGUGCUAACAGUUGAAGUGGCUUUUCUGGCAUGUAGGAUCAAAAUUUGCUUGCAUAAAUAAAAAUCACUGUAUUCCCUGUGAAA